AUGGUGGGCUGGCCCGGCCCUGGCACAGCGGCUGUCUGUGCCCCAACGCCUGGGGGGCCGGGGCUGUGCGGGGACACGCCGCUCCGAUGGUUCAAAGGUAUUUCUCCCCGGUGCGAGAUACUUCCUACAACAACAACAAUGGGUGGCGCGCCGCGGCCCGCCUACGUGUUCCCGCUGGUGCUGGGCUCCUUCACGGCGGUGUCCUACGUGUUCCUGGUGGCGGUGUACACGGUGCAGCCCACGCCCUUCAUCGACGAGAUAUACCACGUGCCGCAGGCCCAGAAGUACUGCGCCGGGAGGUUCAAUGAGUGGGACCCCAAGAUCACCACCUUGCCCGGGCUCUACCUGUUCUCCAUCGGACUCAAUGGCCCGGUGUCCUGGGUGUUGGGGCGGCAGCUGUGCGACGUAUUCUCCCUGCGUGUCACCAACCUGGUCGCUGCUGCCUUCCUGCUCUCCUCCCUCAACAAGCUACUCACCUUCCUCCACAGUACAAAGGUGGAUGGGUGGAAGCUGAUCCUUGCUGGGGUGAACCUGUCGCUGCUGCCGGUUCUGUACUGGUUCACCUUCCUCUACUACACGGACACCUUGGCGACACUGGUGGUGCUGGUGAUGAUGCUGCUGCACCUCCACCGCGCACCCACGGCCGCCGCUGCCAUGGGAGUUGUCGCCGUGAUGAUGCGUCAGACCAACAUCAUAUGGGUGGGUUUCCUGUGCAUCCUCCUGGCUGCGGACAUUCUCGGCGCUCGUGUCCUCAAAGCUCCCAUCAACACCCUCGCCGAUGCCAAGACACUGCUCAAACGGCUACGCAAAACUGCCACCAAGCCGUACCGCCUGGCAGAAAUCCUGGCCGAUGUGGUGGUUGAAUGCUUCAGCUACGGGCUCGUGCUGGUCGGAUUCGCCGUGUUUGUGGCGUACAACGGCGGCAUCGUGGUCGGCGAUCGCUCCGCACAUCAACCCACAGUCCAUCUCCCACAACUUGGCUAUUUUUGUCUCUUUUUCCUGGUGUUCUCGCUGCCUCAUGCCCCAUACCACCUUAAGCCCUUUAUCAGGCUGUGUCAGAGCCGGCCGGGGCUGUGCGCGGCGGCCCUGGUGGUGGGUGUGUUGACGGUGCACUCCAACACCCUAGUGCAUCCGUACCUCCUGGCCGACAACAGACACCUCACCUUUUACCUGUGGAACCGGCUUUACGGACGCUACGCCGCUGCCCGAUAUCUCAUGGUUCCUGUUUACAUGUUCGGCGGGUUCAUGGUUCACUCGUUCAUACAGAGCCGAAGCCUAGUCUUCCGCCUCUUGUACCUGGCCUGCGUGGCGGCAACCAUUGUCCCGCAGCGAUUACUUGAGCCGCGAUACUUCAUAAUUCCGUUCCUGGUUGCCCGGCUCCAGACAACAUCACGGAACUGGUGGCAAUUGUGGGCGGAAACCUUGUACUUCCUUCUCAUUAACUGUCUCACCCUCUACCUCUUUGUGAGCAAGACAUUCCUGUGGGAGGACAGCGCAGAGCUACAGAGGAUAAUAUGGUGAGGCCCAGCUAGCGUCGCCAAAUUGUCGUACAGGUGACUCUCGAUUUAUGCGUUUUUGAAAUAACGCGGGGUCCAAAGUCCAAAUAAAUGUUUAAUUUACA